AUGUCGCUCAAAGUGCCACGUGCUGGAGGUCCCAACCUCUUCAAGGAGGGCUACAAGCACUUCCAAGGUAUCGAGGAGGCUGUCCUUCGUAACAUUCAGGCCGUCAAUGAACUCUCUGAAAUUGUUCGAACCUCUUUCGGUCCCAACGGUCGCAACAAGAUGGUCAUCAACCACCUCGAAAGGCUCUUUGUCACAUCCGAUGCUGCCACCAUCAUUCGCGAGCUUGACGUCGUCCACCCUGCCGCCAAGCUGCUCGUCAUGGCCAGCCAACAGCAGGAAGCCGAGAUGGGCGAUUCGACCAACCUCGUCCUCAUCUUUGCCGGAGAACUGUUGAAGAAGGCCGAAUACCUCAUCACCAUGGGUCUUCACCCUUCAGAGAUUCUCCAGGGCUACGAGAUCGCCCGCGACAAGUGUCUUGCCGAACUUGAGCAGCUGUCGGUCGCCCAGCUUUCCAGCCCUCCCACCACCCAGAGUCUCGCACUUGCACUCAAGCCCUGCCUCGCAUCCAAACAAUACGGCAACGAGGAUCUCUUGGCGCCCUUGGUAGCGGAGGCCGUCUCCAUGGUACUCCCGCAAAACGCCAAGAACGGUCUCGCCGAUUUCAGCGUCGACAAUGUUCGUGUCGUCAAGAUCAUGGGUGGCAGUCUGUCACAAUCCAAAGUGGUGCGCGGUAUGGUGUUCGGCCGUGAACCCGAAGGUGUCAUCAAGAAGGCUAAGGCUGCCAAGGUCGGUGUCUACACUUGCGGCAUGGACAUCACCCAGACAGAGACCAAGGGCACUGUCCUUCUCAAGAACGCAGAUGAGCUCUCGAACUUUUCGCGCGGUGAAGAACAGCAGCUUGAGAAGUACUUCAAGGAGAUCGCCGAUUCGGGCGUCAAGGUCGUUGUCACACAGUCACAGGUCGGCGAACUCGCACAGCACUACCUCAACCGCUUCGGUAUUCUCGUCAUCAAGAUCCUCUCCAAGUUCGAGCUCCGUCGUCUCUGCCGUUUGCUCGGCGCUACACCUCUGGCGAGGCUUGGCGCACCGUUGCCAGAAGAGGCAGGAUGGAUCGACUCGAUCGAGACGACAGAGAUCGGCGGUGAUCGUGUCACUGUGUUCAAGCAGGAAGAGGGUCAGCCCGGUGGCAAGGCCAAGCCCAAGAUGUGCACUAUUGUUCUGCGUGGUGCCACGUCCAACUUGCUCGACGAUGUCGAGCGUGCCAUCGAUGAUGGUGUCAACGUCAUCAAGUCUCUCACACGCGAUCCUCGUCUUGUCCCCGGUGCAGGAGCCACGGAGCUCGAGCUCGCCAAACGCAUCGUCGACUUGGGCGAGAAGACGUCCGGCCUCAACCAGCACGCUAUCAAGAAGUUCGGCGAAGCACUCGAAGUGGUGCCCCGAACCCUAGCCGAGAACGCCGGCCUCGACUCGACCGAGACUGUCUCGCGACUCUACGCCAAGCACAUCGACGCCUUUGGUGCCGAUGUGGGCGUCGACAUUGAGAACGAGAUCGACGGAACCCUGUCAACGACGCAGAACCAGGUGUUUGACGUGUUGGCUGCCAAGCUGUGGGCUUUGAGAUACGCCACGGGCGCCGCUAUCAGCGUGCUUUCCGUUGACUCGAUCAUCAUGUCCAAACCAGCAGGCAUCAAGGCGCCAAAAGCCAACCCCAACUGGGACGACGAUUAG